AUGAAAACCGAGGAGUUUCGGUAUCUCGCAUGCUUGACAGCUAUCUUGCACUUUAGUACAUGCACCAACACAGACUACUCACGACCCUUGGGAUUGGUAGAUGCGCGUCACGCGAUCUUCUCCACCUCUGCUAUAGGAUGUACAACAGUAGACAUCACACUACUCCGUACUCCGUACAGACAUUGUACAUAUCAUAUACCUGUGCCUCCUGUGUUGUACAAUGUACACUUUAUACUUUACACUUUGCCGGUGGAGUCACCUCGGAGUUCAUUCCCUGCAUGCUACCACGAUCUAAGGAUCUAUGAACCUCAAUUUGGACCCAUGGUCCUUGCAGCGAAAGUGAAUCCUGAUUCUGUGCCGUGUCCGCCACUGCGCUAA